AUGGGUUGGUUCAUUCUGAUCAUGUUCAACCUCCUGGUGAUGACAAAGUCAGAGAUCCAAACUUGCAAACUGAUCGGGCACACAGGCUACUUGGAGUUCUCAAAGGAAGGAGAUCUUCUCAUAGGAGGGAUUUUCUCCAUGACAAGCACGCGAACUCUCAUUGAUAAUGACUACAAGGCAGUCCCGCAUUAUUUCUGUAAAGCUUUGAAUGACAGAGAGCUGAAGUUUGCCCGCACAGUGAUGUUCACAGUGGGGGAGAUCAACAGGAACGCUGAUAUCCUUCCAGGGAUACGUCUGGGAUAUCGUCUGUACAAUGGCUGUGGGAGCGAAAACCUGAUACGAGCAUCGGUAGAAGCUGUAAGCCAGGAGGAGUCCGAAUGCAGCGGCCGGAUUCAGGCCCUGCUUGGCCACUCUUCAUCAGGGAUUAGUGAGGACAUUAACCUUAUUCUGAGCCCGAUGUCCAUUCCACAGGUCAGCCAUCUUUCAACGUGCGCAUGUUUGUCAAAUAAGAAACGGUUCCCCACGUUCUUCAGAACGGUGCCAAGUGACCGCUUUCAGGUGCUGGGCCUUGUGCAGCUGAUGAAGUAUUUUGACUGGCGUUGGGUAGGGAUCAUUUAUUCUGUGGGCUUGUACUCAGAUCAGGGCACAGCGGAAUUCACCAAAGAAGCAUUGAGAGAGGACAUAUGCGUUGAAUAUCGACUGCCUUACUCAAAGUCCUCCACAAAGAAGUGGAACACCAUCAUGAAGGCAAUGAAGGAAUCCUCAUCCAGUGUUGUCAUUCUGUUUAUGUCCUUAUCUUACACCAAGUCCUUCUUGUCCAAAAUGGAAGGUUACAACAUAACUGGUAAACAGUUGAUUGGAAGCGAGGCUUGGAUCACACAACAGGAACUUGCUUCCGUGGAAAGAAAUAAUAUUUUACAAGGGGCGAUGGGCUUUGCGCUCCCUGAAGGAUCUAUUCCCGGGCUGGGACAGUUUUUACUCAAUUUGAAGCCAUCUGAUGAACCUCAGAGCAUUUUAAUUAGGGCUUUUUGGGAGAAGUUCUUUGACUGCAGCUUCUCUCCCUCAAACACUUCAAUACUGUGCACUGGUGCUGAGGACCUGAACAUGGUCUCCAGUGACUACACAGAUGUGAAACACUUAAGAGAAGAGAAUAAUGUGUACAAAGCUGUGUACUUGGUUGCAUAUGCACUUGGCGAAUUGAUGAAAUGUUAUAAUGGUGCUAAUCCUACCACAGGAAAGCCCUGUGUAAAGAAGAAUGAGGUUCAGCCCAGAAUGGUUUUGGAGCACAUCGGAUAUGUGAAUUUUACAACCCAGAAUGGAGCCAAGGUGUUCUUCGAUGAAAAUGGCGACUUGGUGGCCCAGUACGACUUAGUCAACUGGCACAUGAGAGACGACGGCUCCGUCCAGAUCAUUACAAUAGGCCAGUAUGACACGUCUUUUCCAGAAGGGAGAAAGCUCAAGCUGAAUAAUGAUGCUAACAUCGCAUGGAUUGGAAACAGCAGCAAGGUGCCAAGGUCUGUGUGUAGGGAACCGUGUCCUCUUGGGACACGCAAGGCCAUGAAUAAAAACAAGCCUGUGUGCUGUUUUGACUGCUUUGAGUGCCCGGAGGGAACAAUAAGCAAUCAGACAGAUUCUCCCAAAUGUGUGGCAUGUCCUCCUGAAUUCUGGCCUAAUGAAAAGAAAGACAUUUGCCUUCCAAAACCAAAAGAGUACCUUUCUCACCAAGAGCUCAUGGGUGCGCUUUUGACCGCAUUCAGCUGUGUGGGUGUGUUCUUAUCUUUUCUGACAUCGCUCAUAUUUCUAACCCAUAAAGAGACACCCAUUGUCAAAGCCAACAACUCAGAGCUGAGCUUCCUACUGCUCAUCUCCCUAAAACUGUGUUUCCUCUGCUCUCUGACCUUCAUUGGUCGGCCCACCGAAUGGUCCUGCAUGCUGCGCCACACAGCCUUCGGCAUAACCUUUGUGCUGUGCAUCUCCUGUGUCCUGGGGAAAACUAUAGUGGUGCUGAUGGCUUUCCGGGCCACACUUCCUGGCAAAAAUAUCAUGAGACUGUUUGGACCUGUCCAGCAAAGGCUCAGUGUUCUCAUUCUCACCCUGGUCCAAGUUAUGUUCUGUAUCAUUUGGCUGUGUACAAACCCACCUUUUCCAGCCACGAAUCUGCAAUACUAUAAAGAGAAGAUCAUCUUAGAAUGUGCAAUAGGGUCUGCGAUUGGAUUCUGGGGUGUGCUUGGUUACAUUGGAUUUCUUGCCCUCUUGUGUUUUAUUCUUGCUUUUCUGUCCAGGAAUCUGCCAGACAGUUUUAAUGAAGCCAAACUGAUCACAUUUAGCAUGUUGAUUUUCUGUGCAGUCUGGAUCACCUUCAUCCCGGCAUAUGUCAGCUCCCCUGGCAAGUUUACCGUUGCUGUGGAAAUUUUUGCAAUCCUGGCCUCCAGUUUCGGUUUGUUGCUUUGUAUAUUUGUUCCAAAGUGCUAUAUCAUUGUUUUCAGGCCAGAGCGCAACUCCAAGAAAUAUCUUAUGGGAAAAAUACCGCCAAGGACCCUUUAG